UGGCCGUAGGCGCAGCCAGAUUUGCUUUGCAGCACUAGCGCGCAGAGCUCUCUCACGGUCGCUCUCGCUCCCUCUUCGCCUGGACCUGCCUAGUGCCUACCACACCCGCCCAAAUUUCUUCCAUUCCUCCGAUCCGUCCGUCGUCGGAUCCGGAUGGGCCAUCUCUUCGUCCUCUCGCUGGGGUUGGCUCUUGUCCUCAUCGCCACCGCGCACGCCGGAGGAGGCCAUGCUCCAGGCGCCGCCGCCGGUGCCAUCACAGGCCAGCAGGGCAUGGACGACGAUGGUGUCGUCGGGACCAUGAUGAGGAGCAUGGUCGGGUCGAGGCCGCCGAGCUGCGCGGGGAGGUGCUGGUGGUGCGGUGGCCGCCGCUGCGAGGCCGUGCAGGUGCCCAUCACGCCGCAGGAGCAGGACAAGAGCCGCCGCCAUGGCCAUGGCCAUGGGAGCGGCGAAGGCGGUAUAAGGUCGAUAUCAGCGAGAGAAGGCAGAGGAGCAUCGGCGGCGGCUCGACAGCACCAGCAGCGGCGGCGGCCGUCGUCGUCCUACGACGACCGAUCCAACUACAAGCCGCUCAGCUGGAGAUGCAAGUGCGGCGGGGGCUAGCAGACGAUGGGCAUGCAUGGAUCAUCGAUCAGAGCGCGUCUUGUCUUGCAAUGUGUGAUGAUGCGUGAUUGAUCUUGCGUUGUCGAUCGAUCCCAGUUGCUUGCAAUGUGGAUAUAGAAGAAGUAGCUUGCAGUAUGUCUUUGUGGCUCUAACCUUUAUUUUGCUUGUCUUAGCGACUUGUUAGUGAGUUUAAUGAGGAGAUGUGCUACUUAAUCAAUAAACUAGUGUUUUGCUCAAGGCUA